GAUUUGGUGAAAACUGUUUGAAUAUUUAUUGUAAUUCUGUUAGUAUACUUGGAUGUUGAUGCCCUAAUUUGCUUGUUGGUUUCAAUGAUUUGGAGGAAUCUUGUUCUAUCAAAUUCACUUGUUCUUGCAAAUAACCCUUGUUUGCGUUUCAGCAUGCGAAUCAGACCUUUGUUUUAGACUUUAGGCUAAGAGUGCCUUACUAACCUAUGUAGUACUGACACUUUAGAUUGAAUAUGUGUUUUGUGUUCGACAUUGUUGUUUCAUUGUUACUACAAACCAAUUUUUUCAUUGAUUAGGUUAGGUUAAGAACAUCAUGUUUUGGUGAUUAUAAAAAAUGGAUUAUUUCUGAUCACAUCCAAGUUCUCAUUUGAAGAUAGAAGUGACAUAACUAGAAUUGAAUGACCUGUAUAAUAUAGAGUUUGAAGAUCAAAUCUCAAACCUUGAAUGUUGAGCCUUAUAGUAACCAAUGUUACCAAAUAUCUGCCACGGCGGCACUAUGGUGGAUAUACAUGGCAGUUUUUGGGCUUGCCGCAAUGGUAAAUAUCAGCCGAUAUUGCAGGUUUUUCUGCCAUAAUCUGCUAUAACAGUGCCACAAAGUGGCCGUUAUGGCAGGAUUUUGGCUCUCCGCCAUCGACAACUCUGAUAGUAACCACAGUUAGAACUUGUAAGGGAUAUAAUGGUAGAAUUUUUUCCACCCUUGCCAGAUACCAUCCAGAUUGUUUCUAUGUGUUGCUGAUGAUGAGGUUUUAGGAGAUAUCUUCUUUGUGACAAAAGACAGUGACAGCAUUUAAUCCGUGUAGCCGAUCCCGUCAAGCGAACAUAAAAAUCCUUUUUUUUAUGUGAAUUAAAUGGCCAAUCAAUGACUGGUUGAGUGCUUUGAAUAAUGUUUGUGAGACUGGAUUAGCACGUGAUUUCUCUUUAGCAUAGAAAAUGAGUUCAUUGGACGCGACUAGGGCAGAACUUGGCCUUCUUGUUUUGUAUUUGAACAAGGCUGAGGCAAGGGACAAGAUAUGCAGAGCAAUACAAUAUGGUUCUAAAUUUGUGAGUAAUGGUGAACCUGGUACAGCGCAGAAUGUAGACAAAACAACCAGCUUAGCACGAAAAGUUUUUCGUCUAUUUAAGUUUGUCAAUGACCUGCAUGCUCUGAUAAGUCCAACACCACAGGGUACACCUCUCCCUCUAGUUCUGUUGGGAAAGUCCAAGAAUGCAUUGCUGUCCACUUUCUUGUUUCUCGAUCAAUUUGUGUGGCUUGGUAGAACCGGUAUCGUCGAGAAUAAAGAACGUACCGAACUACUCGGCCGGAUUUCUCUCUUCUGUUGGCUGGGUUCCUCAGUGUGCACCACCUUGGUUGAGCUCGGGGAGCUUGGAAGACUCUCUGGAUCCAUGAAGAAGCUAGAGAAAGAAAUCAAGAACAGUAAUAAAUAUGAUAAUGAGCAAUACCAGGCCAAGCUAAAGAAGUCGAAUGAGAGGACUCUAGCACUUAUCAAAGCAGGCAUUGAUGUAGUGGUAGCUGCUGGACUACUUCAGUUGGCACCUCAGAAAAUCACUCCCCGCGUUACCGGGGCUUUUGGAUUUGCUUCGUCUCUUAUAUCUUGCUAUCAGUUGCUUCCUCCGGCAUCUGCCAAGUCAAAAACAUUGUGAGCAUGGAAGAAUAAUCUGGCUCCCGUCAUGCUUCGUUGUUGUUAAAUAAAUGUAUGAAUUUGUCAGAUGCUAUAAUUGGUAUGGUUUUCAUCUUAGUAGAAACAAGACCCUGUUUGGAGUUGGUUUCAAAAACCAUUUUGUUGUUUCAGAUUCUGUCCUCACACGCUUUCGAUUAUAUCAUAAAUACAUAAAUUUAUCAUCCUCUGAAUA